AUGCCGAAGCAGACACAGGAUGUGGAACACAAGUCUGAAAUGGCCGAACUGGUCGCACAGCACGAGCGAGAAGUGGCCAAUAUCAUAGAACAACACGUCGCUGAGAUGAUAGCCUUAGUACUGCGAGAGAAGAGGAAAGGCCUUAUAGAGUAUUCCGAGGCCACCAUAGGUCCAGACGAUCCCUUCCAGUUGACCGCACGUCGUCAUGGCAACCAAAUGAGGUAUUUGAGAAGUGUCCACAAACAAGCCCAGAAAGAGCUCAGAGUCAAGCACCGAAAUAUCAUCAAAGCUAAGAAUGCUGCUCUAAAUCUAAACAAAACUCCGAAAAAGAUAACACCCACUCCGGCACCAGUGAAGGAGCAAUACUCAGCGAAGAGUAUCCAGAGUACCAUAGACAGUCAACUGAAAGUCACUACUGUCAAUACACCGAUCUACACAAGCCUGGACGGGGAUGCUGAUGAAACUUCAGCUGCACAAACAGUUAGAUUGUUAGUCGACCAGAAUAUUGCUACUAUCACACCUGUUUCAAUUGAUCCGAGCCUAGACGGGGAUGCUAUUGACAGUGUAACUGAAACUAUCAGUAUUCAGCGAACGGUAGGUUGUCAGGACAUAUCCCCGGCUAUUGGUACACCGUGCAAGCAGAGCUCAACAGGGUAUACUGACCAGAGGUCAACUGCGCCUGCGAUUAAAUGCGCAGAACAAGGCCCGACAACCGUACAGCGCGAAACCGAAACGUCGUGGAUAAGGACAAGGAAUGACACACCAGUACCCGUCACGCAGACGAUGGAGGGAAGUACAGUUAUGCAACAAGUCACACACACGCCCACAUCCAGUCGUAGUAGUUCAGCGGAGAAUCCACAAGCUAGGGUUGUUCAUGGGAUAGCACCUGCCACACCGAUACGUGGCAUGGGGACUAAGCAGAUGCACACCCCUAACGAGACACAAACAGAUCAGGUCGAUCUUAUUACGGACCUGUCGUAUACAUCAGUGUCUGGCACUACACCCGACCACGCACGCUCCCUCGUAAGACCUGUGGCUAGGACUAGUGCGGAGUUAACACAGCACUGGCCAGGGCGUGAUGCGCGAGUGGCUGUGGAUGGAGCAGACAUUGCGGGUAAGAAUGCUCUAUCCGUAGAGCGUAAGAGUACAGGUGCGUGCAGGGCGAGUGCGAACAUGGUUCUAGACCAAGGGAUGAGGACACCAGAAAGAGCAUACGCAAAUAAAGAGACACGUACAGAUGAGAGUGUAUGCAUGAAUGGAGGGGCGUACGCGACCAAGAGACAAUGCGCCGAGGAAAUGGGUAGUAUGUGUACGCCAGUGCAGACUCGGCAGGAUAGCAGGACACGAGUACUGCGCAUGGAUGGCACAUCUUUCUCACCGCCAGACUAUGUACCAGCCACGCAGCCACAUAGAGUGCCAAUACCAACUACGGACAAUACACAAAUAUCUCGGUCUGACUGUGUACAAAUACUACAACCACAUGCAGCACAUCCCUUACCUACAUACAGUGUGCACACGCCACGGCAGGACACGGAACAGACGCCACAAGCGAGGGACAGUGCAUAUGGCACCAGCACAAAGGUACGGCUGCAGUCUCACCUCGACGAUCCCACUACCCCGAUUCGUUACCAUGGUAACCAUACUUUUAUCACUGGACCGACACCCGGUUCCCGAGGUAAUUUGAACUUCUUUACGCGUUUACCGACGCACGCUGGAGCAUCCACAUCCGGGGGUGCGGAUAAGCAGAUAUCAACAGUAUCAGUGAAUGGUCUCAGCUCAGUAGGUAAGGGUGUAGCUACAGCAGCAGGAGGGUUGAAUGCUGUUGUCUCGAGUGGUGGUAUGGUCUCUGAAGCACUGCAAAACGAAAGCACUGCCAUUGCGAGUGACCCUAAAGCUAUAGCAUCGAUGGGAGAGAAACAUCAUGUUUUCAUGGACGACAGUAGAAACACAGAACCAAUUUUAUGGGAUAAUUCCUGUACCACGGAUUGUAUUGCGACUGCUGAUCCCUUAGAUAUAAAAGGUUUUAAUUUAGCAAGCGUAGGUGCGAACGCUCAACCCCUGCUUAUCCAAGCAACGGUUACGAGCUCGCCUCUUACACGCACACGCACUCCCAAUAUGAACACCAUGACCCCCAUGCAGUUCAACUACUACUCGGCUAUGCGACAGCAGUACAACAGUAGGCUACAGCAACGCUGCACACCGCCUCACACCAACAGCUCCACAUACCCUCCACACACUCGAACGCCCACUCUUGCAGAGCUCACUAUCAACCACGCCCACCCUGGGGCCAGUCGAGUAGCCCUAACUUGCCAGUCACACGUGUCUGUGCCAGCAAACCAGCAUGAUGGUAGUGCCUAUGUAGCGUGUACCGAGGACAGCGAUGAGGGACAUACUGGCGCUGAGACGCAUCUGGCGGGUACGGGCGGGUGUGCGUCUAACACUCGGAUCGAGGCCACAGAACCGCGUGUGAAUAGAAAACGAGACAGUGGCGUGUGUAUGGAUGCGAUGGGGAUGGAUUCUGCGCCGCAGUCUGGAUGGAGGUCAGAUUCAAUGCAUAUGUUGCAGGCUAAUGGUUCCUCUGAUCUGUGUGCCAAUAGCGUUGGUGUAGGUUGUGUGGGCUCUGGCAUCGAUACGACGUCGCAGCAGGCGGUUAGUACUAAAACAUUGGGCCCAGACGCUGGAGACGAGGGCAUCGUGUCCAUGGAGGUAUCUGCAGGUGUAGGUAAUACUAUACACUUGAGCGCAUCUGGCAGUCACACGCAGGUGCCUGUCGCAUCGUACACAAAUAUACAGAGCGUGGAGUGCACAUCCACUGCCCUCGAGUCUCCCGCGCCCGUAGUUGCGUCUGGUGGUGUGCAUGGGGGUGUACUUGCUACACCGAGCCAUUCUUCGAUAGUGCAACGCCUCACCCAAGCUAGUAGUAACAGUAUGGUGUGUACGGCCGAUAGUGAUACGCACCCACACUCUGCAACACCCCCUCCGACUACUAUCAACCAGUUACCUACACUUGCGGGCCACAGCCCCGACCAGUCAGGCACAGAAUGUACUGUAUCUAUUUGUAGAACCAAUCAAUCGCCGGAAUCUGCGGUGGCGGCCGAUUGGACAGUUGAGCCGGCGACUACCGUAGCUGCGGCUGAGACGAAUGUAUAUGAAGGCGCCUCUAUGGAAAGUGCAGAGUUAAACACACAUACACUUGAACUUUCAAGUGCAAAGGCACGUCUGGAGAUGCGGAAGGAUAGUACGAGUGCGUGUCCCGGACUUACAACGGCCAACACACAGGUGCACGUGCACGUACAGCCACAGGUGGUUGAUAUGACUCCGGUGUCUACACGCACACGCACACGCACACGCACACGAUUGGAGAACAAUGGGGCGCAAGGUAUGUCUGUAGUGGCUCUUCGAAACUUCAAAGUUGCUGCCUCUAAUCCUCAGGCGAAUGUGUUUCCUCAGGCGAAUGUACUUAUUGUCCCAUUUUGGGUAUUGGAGUUUUGUUUCUGA